ACCUCCCAUUAUUUCCUAGAACUUGGCUCAGUGUAGGAGAGCUCCUCUAUCCAGUGCCUAUGCUAGCUGCUCUCAGGAGGCAAGGAGAGAGAAAAUGAAGCCUUCGUUUUGCUUCCUGCUUUUAUUCUUGAUUUCUGAAAUGCACAGCCUUGAUCUCAUCAUCGAGGGGAUCCCAGAUGAUCUGAAUAAUUUACUUGACCUGGAGGUCGAUGGAUUCCUUUCAAAGCUGAUGGCAGGAAGUGGCAGGUACCAGAGAAGCACAUCGGACGAGCACUCUGGAGAGUCGACGGACGACAGUGACAAGAUAGGUAUUUACAGCUAUAAAGUCCAGUCCACGAUCACAUCGCGUCUGGCCAGCACAAUGAUCCAGAGCAAAGUGGUGAAUAAUGCUAAGCACCCUCAGCACCUGGUGUUUGAGGUGCAGAUCCCCAAAGGAGCCUUUAUUGACAACUUUACUAUGGAUGUCAAUGGAAUAACAUUUACCAGCUCCAUUAAAGAAAAAUCUGAAGCCAGGAGAAUGUAUGCUCAAGCCAGAGCCAAAGGCAAAGCUGCUGGAAUAGUGAGGAGCAAUGCCCUGGACAUGGAAAACUUCAGAACAGAAGUGAAUGUGCCAGGAGGAACAAAAGUCCAGUUUGAAAUUCAUUAUCAAGAAAUGAUUCGGAGGAGAUUGUCAUCUUACGAGCACACUAUCUCUCUGAGGCCCGGGCGACUGGCAAAGCACCUUGAGGUAGACAUCCGGAUUAUCGAGCCUCAAGGACUUCGUUAUGUGCAUACUCCUAACACACUGGGAGACCACUUUGAUGGAAUCACUACCUUGUCAAAGGGAGAGAAAAAGGCCCACAUAUCCUUCAAACCAACACUGGCCCAACAGCGAAAAUGCCCCACUUGCUCCUCCACGGCAGUAGAUGGGAAUUUUGUGGUGCAGUAUGAUGUGAAUAGAGAAAAGGCGGCUGGGGAACUGGAAAUUUUUAAUGGCUAUUUUAUUCACUUCUUUGCUCCUGAAAAUCUGGAUCCUCUGCCCAAAAACAUCUUAUUUGUUAUUGACGUCAGUGGUUCAAUGUGGGGCCUGAAAAUGAAACAAACCAUUGAAGCGAUGAAGGCCAUUCUGGGUCAGCUACAGCCUUCAGAUCAGUUUUCUCUCCUGGAUUUCAACCACAAUGUCCGAUGCUGGAGGGAUGGUUUAGUUGAAGCCACCCCAUCACAGAUUGACGAGGCCAAGAACUACAUCCAGGGAAUCCAUCCUAAUGGGGGUACAAACAUCAAUGAAGCUCUUCUUCGAGCAACAUUCAUUCUAAAUGAAGCCAAAAACUUAGGAAUGCUGGACCCGAACUCGGUCUCUAUGAUCGUCUUUGUGUCCGAUGGAGACCCCACUGUAGGUGAGCUGAAGUUGACUACAAUCCAGAAGAAUGUGAAACAGAACAUGCAGGAUGACUUCUCUUUGCACUGCCUUGGGAUUGGAUUUGAUGUAGACUAUGAUUUCCUGCAGAGACUUGCUCAGGAAAACCGCGGCACAGCCCAGAGGAUUUUUGGAAAUCAGGAGACCUCUUCCCAAAUGCAGCAAUUCUACAGCCAAGUCUCCACCCCGCUCCUCAGAAAUAUCGAGUUCAACUAUCCUCAGGAAUCGGUGUCAGACAUCACCCAGAACAGCUUCCAUAACUACUUUGGAGGGUCAGAGAUUGUGGUAUCAGGGAAGGUCGACACUCAAAACUUGCAGCACCUGGAGAGUGUUGUCACAGCCACUGCCUCGAAUGCACAGCUAGUCAUGGAAACCCUGGCGGAUGUCGAGGAACUGGAUGAUUUCAUGAGCAAAGAUAAAUACGCAGACCCCAAAUUCACUGAGAAGCUGUGGGCCUACUUGACUGUCAACCAGCUUCUAGCUGAGAGAAACCUGGCCCCCACUGCUGCUUUGAAAAGGAACAUCACCAAAUCAAUCUUACAGAUGUCUCUCAACCAUCACAUUGUGACCCCCUUCACAGCCAUGGUGAUAGAGAAUCCCAACGGGGACGAACGGAUGCUGGCAGAUCAACCUCGAGACAACAAAAAAGGCUGCUGCCCAGGUACCCUGGGGAUAACCCCAAAAGUCCCUGACAAAACCAUCCCAUCCUGGGCAAAUCCCACACCUGUGGCACCAAGUCCAGCAUCUGCACAAAAAGCUCCAACGUUUGCAAUGAAACCCAUACACACAGUUGAUAAUGACCCACAUUUCAUCAUCAACCUGCCAAAGAGCCAAAAGAACAUCUGCUUCAACAUCAAUGCUGAGCCUGGAAAGAUUCUGAACUUGGUUUCAGAUGCUGAUACUGGAGUUGUAGUCAAUGGGCAACUCAUCGGGGCCAAGAAGCAAGAGCAUGAGAAACUGAACACUUAUUUCGGCAAAAUCGGCUUUUAUUUCAAAAGCAAAGACUUGAAAGUAGAAGUCAGCACAGAGAUGAUAACCCUGAAAGAUGGAUCUUACAGCACUGGGCUGUCCUGGGCCGACACUGGAAGCAUCAUUCGGAAAAGGUUGCUGGUGUCCGUGAAGAGGGAACACAAUGUGACUAUCACAGUGGAUGGGGAAAUGUCCUUCAUGGUUGUACUUCACCGCGUGUGGAAGAAUCACCCUGUCAAUGUUGAUUUCUUGGGAAUCUACAUUCCCCCUUCAAAUCCGUUUUCUUCCAAAGCACAUGGGCUGAUAGGCCAGUUCAUGCCUGAACCAGAAGUGUCUAUCUUCAUCGAGAGACCUGGUCAGGAUCCAAAGAAACCAGAAGCCACCAUGGAAUUCAAAGGACACAAAUUUACAGUCACCAGAGGGUUGCAGAAAGACUACAGGACCGACCGAGUGUUUGGAACGGAUGUGCAAUGCUGGUUUGUGCACAACAGUGGGAAGGGUUUCAUUGAUGGGCAUUACACAGAUUAUCUUGUCCCCCACCUGUACAGCUUUCUGAAGAAUCCCUGAAAGGCCAAAUGCUAAACCAGUUUAUAAAGAAUAAAAAUCGUUUUGUUUCCUUUCCACGCGCAAGACAACUCAUUCUUCUUGGCCUAACAACCCAGGCCACUGGGCAACAGGUAUUUGACUAAAGCAGCCAUUGAUUCAAGUAGUGUUUCAGAGUGGAGGAGGAGGCUGUCACUGUAAAACACAAAAGUUGCUUUCCUUUAUAAAUACAUUUCUUAAUAAGUAGUACAUUUAAAAAAAAAUAAAAAACUGUAAUAACACUA